AUGUAUCAACGGGAAGGAAUAUGCAAGCCAUAUUCUGGUGCUAUGUUCGGUUGCCCAGUGAAUUGCUUCAUCUGGUGGGCAAAACAGGAUAAAAUCCCAUCGGCGGUCGCUCUAUCAUCAAAGGGAGUUGUAGUCAAUUCUUUGUGCUGCAGCGUAUGUAUCAAUGGGGAGGAAAAUGCAAACCAUAUUCUGGUGCUAUGUUCGUUUGCCCAGGCGAUAAGAAAGAAAGUGUUCCAAUGUGAUGAAGAACCAGUGGAAGGUGAAGGAGAAAAUGCUCGAGUUGAACUAGAUGAUGAGGAAAACACUGACAAAUCUAGUGAUGAAGAUGAAAUCAUAUACUCCAUCCAUAAUCCGAAGGUCAAAUGGAAUGUGAUGAAACUGGUUAUUGGAGAAAGGUAUGAAUCUAGACACGAACUGAAAUUAUGUUUAACAAAUUAUUCCAUCUAUAAGGGCUAUAAGAUUCGUUUGAAGAAGUGUGAUAGUGUUAGACUAGUGGCUGUGUGUGCUAGUGAUCCAGAAAAAUGCCCUUUUAUGGUUCGUGCUUCAUGGAUGAGUACUGAAAAAUCAUUCCAGGAGAAAAAGAUGAAUGAUAGGCAUACAUGUGUUAGGAAUUUUAGUAGUUCAAGGCUUAUGAAUCCAACUUGGUUAGCAAAGCAGUUUGUGAAAGAACUAGUAAGGAAGCCAAAGUUAAAAUACAAGGAAAUGCAGACAAUAAGUCAAAGACUUGGUAUGCAGUGCCAAGUGGUGUUAAUUCAUAUGAAAUUAGGAAUGGCUUUCAAAGUUAUGGAGUUGAUUUGGAACACCAUUACUGUAGCUGCAGACUGUGGGAUAUAACAGGGAUACCUUGUGUGCAUGCACAGGUAGCAAUCUUAUACACCAACCAAGAUCCAAAGGAAUUCAUUAGCACUUGGUUCAGCAAGAGUAAUUACAUGGCUACAUAUCAGUCUAACAUACUUCCAGUCAAUGGAAGUAACUUGUGGGAAGAAACUGGCUAUACUAAGCCCCUUCCACCUACAACUAGGAGGAUGCCAGGACGACCCAGUGUCAAAAGAAGGAGACAUGUAUCUGAGCAUGAAGACAAGUACCCCCAAGUGUCUAACAGGGGAAGAACUGUACAAUGCAAGAAUUGUCUUCAAAGGGGAUAUAAUAAAGCUUCUUGCAAAAAUCCAAAGGUUGUACCUGAGCCAAAACCUAAAAUGAAAAUGGGCAGACCCAAAUUGGAUCCUGAUUUGACUAACUGGAUAGGAUCUAGAAGAGGUGAUAGAGGUGGGGGUAUUGGAUCUGGUAGAAGAGGGAAGAGAGGUGGUGGUAGGGGAUCUGGAGGAAGAGGCAAGAGAGGUAGAGGGAAUACAAAAUUUGGUGAGGGAACUUCUAAUCUUGAUGAAGAAAAUGUGGUGACUCCUACUGUUGAGAGUGAUAAUGAAGAGGCAAGAGAUGUGGAAAGUCCUGAAGUUGAUGAUGAAAUAAGAGUGGAUGUAAAGAGUGAUAUUGAUUUCAUGAGACAGUCGAAUUACACUACACAAGAGAUUUUGGACUGUCUUGGAAUCAAUGAGGAAGAAUUAUAUGAAUUUGAGGGUCUAAAACAUGUACCUGUGGAUCUUAAUAUAUCACAGGGUUUUGAAUUUCCUAGCCAAUUGACUGUAGAAACUUUGACUGAGAAUGAAGAGGAUUUGGAACAAGAAGGUAUGGAUCAAGAGGGCAUAGAUGAGGAGGGCAUGGAUGAGGAGGGCAUGGAACAAGAAUGUAUGAAUCAAGAUGGUUUGGGUCCAGAGGGAAUCAUUGAAGAGGAUAUGGGUAUAGAGGGCAUAGAUGAGGAGGGCAUGGAACAAGAAGGUAUGGAUCAAGAGGGCAUGAAUCAGGAUGGAAUGGGUGCACAAGGGUUGGAUCAGGAGGG